AUAAUCUUCUUAUCACCAAAAGAAGAAAAACAAAAAAGAUGACACUGUCACCAUCUAUCUCCUUUACCUCUUCAUAUUCAAUCCAUCUUCCCUUGGAGAAGGGGUAGAAGCAAAAAGUGAAGAGGAGAAAAUGGAGGAGAAGCAGCAAAUUCAGAUUCCAAGAGUGAAGCUGGGCAGUCAGGGAUUGGAGGUCUCUAGACUAGGCUUUGGAUGCGGGGGACUCUCUGGUUUCCUGAAUGCUCCUGUUCCCCAUGAAGCUGGAUGUUUACUCAUAAAGAGAGCAUUCGAGAAGGGCAUCACCUUCUUUGAUACAGCAGAUGUCUAUGGUCAUGAUCAUGACAAUGAGAUCAUGAUUGGAAAGGCUCUGAAGGAGCUUCCGCGAGAGAAAAUUCAGUUAGCGACCAAAUUCGGCAUUGCACUGAUGGAGGGGGGUCAAGUUGCCAUCAGAGGUACUCCUGAGUACGUAAGAGAAUGCUGCGAAGGUAGUCUUAAGAGACUUGGUGUUGAUUACAUAGACUUGUACUAUCAGCACAGGGUGGACACCACAGUAGCGAUAGAGGAUACUAUGGGAGAACUCAAGAAGCUGGUGGAGGAAGGGAAGAUAAAGUACAUUGGUCUGUCAGAAGCUAGCAUCAAUACAAUAAAGAGAGCUCAUGCCAUUCAUCCAAUCACAGCUGUGCAAAUGGAGUAUUCUCUGUGGACUCGGGAAAUCGAGGACGAAUUAAUUCCACUUUGCAGAGAACUUGGCAUUGGGAUAGUCGCAUAUAGCCCUCUAGGUCAUGGUUUCUUUGGCGGGAAGGCGGUUGUUGAGAGCUUGCCCGCGGAGAGCGUGUUGGCUAUGCAUCCAAGAUUCACCGGGGAGAACUUAGAGAAGAACAAAGUUAUAUAUCAAAAAGUUGUCGACCUCGCUGCAAAGCAUGGCUGCACCACUCCUCAACUGGCCCUAGCGUGGCUUCUUCAUCAAGGGAUUGACAUUAUCCCAAUACCAGGGACCAGAAAAGCCGAGAACCUUGAAGACAAUAUUGGAUCAGUGGGAAUUAAGCUUAGCCAAGACGAGAUGAGAGAAAUUUGCGAUGUCAUGGCCAUGAAUGAAGUAAGUGGUGAAAGAGAGGUGGAAUUAUUAGCCAAGCAUUCAUGGAGACAUGCAAAUACCCCAGCAAGAUAAGGCGUGCUGUAGAUAAAAGAUUGGCCAUGCAUUUGCUCGAUGGAGUUACUUUGUCGCGAGGAGAAUAUUGUAGUGAAAUCGCCAGAUCGGUGGUUGCGAUAUCCGCAUUUCGGUCUUAACAUGGGGAGCCUAAAUAAAUCAUGAGAAUAAGUGAUGUGGCAGACAUUGUAUGUUGCUCUGUUGUUUGAGCUUCUUGUGGUAGACACUGUAGUGUGUGUGUGUGUGUGAAUGUUGGGAUUGAACAAGCAGAGGUGUCCUGUCUUAAGGUGGAGAUGCGUUGCCUGUGCUUUAUUCUGACUAAUGUUUCAUCAGUUGUGCAA